GGGGCUGGUGGUGGUGGUGUUGCACGUGACGGGGCCCCUUGGCUGAGGGGACGCAGAGGCCUCCUCUUCGGAUUUCCCCCACCAGUAUGGCCUCUUCGUCAACACCUAGAUGUAACUCAACCUCCAUGGAGAGCUCCUCGAUUAAAAAACCUAUGAAAGAUGGUACUAACUGGGAACACAAUGAAGAAAUCCCUCGUCUGCCUGGGGAAACUCGAGUCACAGACAAGGAAGUCAUUUACAUGUGCCCAUUUAAUGGUCCUGUUAAAGGAAGAGUAUACAUAACAAACUACAGACUCUAUUUGAAAAGCGUGGAAUCGGAUCCAGUGGUGAUAUUAGAUGUUCCUUUGGGUGUUAUUUCAAGGAUUGAGAAAAUGGGUGGUGCGUCAAGCAGAGGAGAGAAUUCGUAUGGAUUGGAUAUUACUUGUAAGGAUAUGAGAAAUCUACGUUUUGCAUUGAAACAAGAAGGUCAUAGUAGAAGAGAUAUAUUUGAGCUCCUGACCAAAUAUGCUUUUCCACAGUCAAAUAACUUGCCUUUCUUCGCAUUUCUAAAUGAAGAAAAGUUUUCUGAAAAUGGUUGGCUGGUUUACAAUCCUAUGAUAGAAUACAGAAGACAAGGUCUGCCUAAUGAACAGUGGAGGAUAACAUUUCUCAAUGAGCAUUAUGCACUGUGUGACACGUAUCCAUCACUUCUGGUAGUGCCAUAUAAUGCCACAGAUGAGGAUCUCAAAAAAGUGUCUGCCUUUAGAUCCCGAGGUAGAAUACCAGUGUUAUCGUGGAUCCAUCCUGAGAACCAGGCUGUUAUCACACGCUCCAGCCAGCCUCUUGUUGGGAUGAGUGGCAAAAGAAACAAAGACGAUGAAAGAUACCUUGAGAUCAUAAGAGACACAAAUGGCCAGCUCUCAAAACUGGCCAUCUAUGAUGCCAGGCCCAAUGUAAAUGCUGUAGCCAAUAAGGCAACUGGAGGAGGGUAUGAAAGCGAGGAUGCCUAUCCUAAUGCUGAGCUGCUCUUCCUAGAUAUUCAUAAUAUUCAUGUCAUGCGGGAAUCCUUGAAAAAGCUAAAGGACAUAGUUUAUCCUCAGGUAGAAGAAUCUCACUGGCUCUCUAGUCUGGAGUCAACUCACUGGCUUGAACACAUCAAGCUUGUUUUAACAGGUGCUAUUCAAGUCGCAGACAAAGUGUCCUCUGGAAAAAGUUCCGUCUUAGUACACUGCAGUGAUGGUUGGGACCGCACAGCACAGCUCACCUCUCUAGCUAUGUUGAUGUUGGACAGCUACUACCGUACAAUUUUGGGCUUUGAAGUAUUGGUACAAAAGGAGUGGAUAAGCUUUGGACACAAGUUUGCUUCGAGAAUUGGUCAUGGAGACAAAAAUCACGCUGAUGCUGACAGGUCACCCAUCUUCCUCCAGUUCAUUGAUUGUGUGUGGCAGAUGUCUAAACAAUUUCCUACGGCUUUUGAAUUCAAUGAACAAUUUUUGAUUACAAUUCUGGAUCAUUUGUAUAGCUGCCGCUUUGGUACUUUCUUGUACAGCUGUGAUUCUGUAAGAGAGAAAGAGAAGCUGAGUGAGAAAACGUUGUCUCUCUGGUCCUUAAUCAACAGCACAAAAUCAAAAUAUGUCAACCCCUUUUAUACGAAAGAAUUGAAUCGUGCUCUUUAUCCUGUAGCAAGUAUGCGCCACUUGGAACUUUGGGUUAAUUAUUAUAUUCGGUGGAACCCAAGGAUUAGGCAACAACCAAAUCCAGUGGAACAGCGGUACAUGGAGCUACUAGCAUUGCGUGAUGACUACAUGAGGCGGCUAGAAGAACUACAGAUCACAAACAACUCCAGGCUUUCCAAUUCUUCUUCUUCCUCCUCUUCCUCGCAGAUGAUGUCACAUGUGCAAACUCACUUUUGAGGGAGACUGGCUGAACACUGUCAUCAUUGGUGGUGCUUAAUCUGAUGUACUGGACAAGAGGGGAACAUAAGAUGCCUUAUACAGAGCUUCUUCCUUGUCCCUAUUGGAGAGGAGAGGAGCUGAGUACAAGUGGGCUUUUAAAAUUGAUUUAUGUGCCUUUUCAGAACCAUUUGCCUGCACACAUGUUAGUCGACUAAUAGUUACAAUAUUUUUGAAGUUUUUUUCUCUAUCGCAGUCUCCAAAUAUAUUAAGCUAAUGCUUUCAGUAACAACCAUCAGCUUUUUAGGACAGUACAGACUCAUUUUCAUCUACAGGCUCUCUCUCGCUCAGAUCUAAAAAGCAUAUUUCAGUUCAUAUAUUGAGCAAAGUGCCGUCAAUGCCAUUGAGGACUCUGCCAAAUCCCAUGCAUGUGCUGAAGCCUUUGGAAAGGAGAGUGAGCAACAGAGUUGUCAAGAAGAUGCACGCUCUUGGGGAGCACUUACUGUGUAAAUUGCAAUUUAUAUAUAACUUCCUUCUGUUGAAAUAGAAUUAUGGCAAUGGUAGCAAUAAGCUAUCGUGACUUAAAUUUCCUAAACAUUUGUGCCUAUUCAGAGUAUAAGCCUUAUCUUCUAAGUAGAAUAAUGUUUGAUUCUUUAAAUGGAAUAUUGUGUAUGUGAGCGUGUGCGUGUGUGUAAAUAUGUUCCCUUAAUAGAUUAGUGUUUUAUCAAACAUACUAAAACAAAUUACAGAGAAUACUGUGUGCACUGAAGAGAUUUAAAUUUUGCAGAUCGUUUGGUUUGCCGUCUUCGUGUCAGUCUUCUGUUAAAUUUUAUAAUUCGUUCCUUCCAGGGAUCUUUUUAAAAAAUUUAAUAUAAGAAGCACUUGUAAAAGUCUGCGCAAAUCUUGUGACUUGAUAUUUUAAUUGAUAUUUUGCUUAGGAUAUAAAGUUUUUAACCAGUGUUUGGUUAGUUCAGAACAACUGAAAACAUAGGAUUUAUGAAGGACUUGUUUGAAGCUAACGUGACAUUUUAAAAAACAAUUAUAUUUGACUCUUUGAGGGUGUUGGGUCUACCAUUUGUAAAUUAUUGUAUGUGUAAGUUUUGUUCUACAAAAUAUAAGGUGGGAAAGAUAUGGUUAGUAUUGUGUAUAAAUUAAGUUUAAGUGUAUGAAAUAGUCUUCUUUUGUAAAGUGUAUAUAUUUGGGGUUCUAAAGUUUAAAGUCAAAGUCCAUAAAAAUACUAUAAAUUUCUUAGUUUUAGAGGACAUUGGGAUAUUUUAGAAAUAGUAUAUUUUCAUUACAGAGCACAUUAAUAACAGUAAAUAGUAUACUAAGACAUUUGCACUACUUCUUCAGGGAUAGGCUGAAGUACUAGUAAUAAGAUCAGCUUGCUAACACAUGAUUUAUUUCAACUUACUACCUGUUCUCUAAAUUUCACUCUCAUUAUUCUUUGGUCUUCUAUAUCUCAUCGCUCAUAUAGGUUUUUUUCACUAUAGGGAGGUCAUUCUAAAACAGAAAUGCAUAACUUGAAUUACAAGGAAACUCAUACUUAUCCUAUCACUAAAUGGCAAAAUACAAAACUGCACAGACUGAAAAACUAUGCAGACUCUUAAUAGAAUUGCCUUUCGUUUGCUUACGUUGUCCAAACAUCUCAUUUUUCAUUACAACCCUAAAGCGUUCUGCUGGUUGUAUACCACGAAGAGUGUUAUGUUUCAUUCUGUCUAGUGUUAACGAACUGUUAUUUUGCUUGUUUUUACUAAGUAAAGCACUACAUGAUCAACGGUUUGUGUUCGGGGGAAGUAACGUAAAAUGAAUUUAAAUACACUUGCCUUUUCAUUAUCUGCAUAUUAUUGAUUGAUUUUGCUGUCGCUGCUGCCGCCGCCACCAUCACAGGUGACACUGUGUCUUGAUUUGUAGAGAAUUCAAUGUCAUUUAAUGUCAACCUGAUGAAAAUUGACUUAAUUUUAUUUUUAAAAAAAACCCUACUUAUGUCAUAUGAAAUAAACAAUGAACAUUUCUUUA